GUUCGACACGCGAGACCCGCCCACCUUAAUAAAGACCGGACCUUCUCUCUCUCUCUCUCUCUCUCUCUCUCUCUCUCUUCCGAAUCCAGACAAAAGGCGAGAGACGACAAACCCGUGCAGGACCGAGCAGAGCAUCCGAGCGCCUUUGGAGACUCCACGGGUCUGAGCUGACGCGCCAGAGCGCACCGACAACCACGCACGCCCCCCCCACCCCACACACGCCUCCGCCAAGACGCCCCCGGGUCCACCUGAAAACGUCCGAGCCGGCUUGUUGUGUUCUUCGAAGGCAGACGAAAGAGGGUCCGAGCCCAAGUUCGAUCGCAUCCAGAACGCCGUGUUCCCAUGAUGUCAUACCUGUGGAUUCUGCUGUUAGGAAGCCUGCUGGCCGCAGGCGCCAAGGCACAAGACGACGCAGACCCAGAAGGUGAUGUAGAGGCUCCCGAUGCGACAGAAGCAGGCCCAGCGACAGACGCCAACGAAGAACCCGCCACUGACGAGGAAAUCCUAUCCCCAACGAGUGAUUCGGAGGCUGAAAAUGAACCUGAGGCCGAUGAACCAGUGACCCCCGCCGCUAAGGAACCAGAGCCUGCAGCCGUUCCCGAUCCAGAACCAGAGCCUACGCUUGCAGCCGUUCCCGAUCCAGAACCAGAGCCUACGCUUGGAGCCGUUCCCGAUCCAGAACCAGAGUCUACACCUGCAGCCAAUCCAGAACCAGAGCCUACGCUUGCAGCCGAUCCAGAACCAGAACCAGAGCCUACGCCUGCAGCCGAUUCCGAUCCAGAGGCGGCGACGGAGCCGGAGGCGGCCAUUACACCACCAGGGCCUGCAGCUGAGGAGGAGGCAGCGGGCAACCCUACAACACAAGAUGGGCCUGCAGCUGAUACUGAGGAUACGCCUGCUCUCGAAGAGGAGACAGGUGCACCUGCACCGGAGGAGAGUGGAGCUGAGACAGAUCUAACUGAAGAAACAUCCGCUGUUCCUGCUGCUGAUUCACAACCAGCAACUCCAGCUGUGGCGGAAAAAGUGGACCCAGAGCUUGAGGUCACGGUCGCAACAAAUGAGGUCGUUGCUAAGAAAAAUGCAGGUAAAAAAAGAUGUUUUUCUGUUUCAUUAUCAUGUUUCAUUAUUUGAAGAGGGUAAAUGGACAAAGGACAUUAACCAUACGUAAAACAAGAAGAGAUAUAAUGCACCAGUUUUUAGCUAAACCUUCCCUCCUUAGUCAC